GCUGGAAACUGUACCUCUCUCUCUCUUUCUCUCUCUCUCUGUGUGUGAGGCGGCAUGGCUCAUGCACCCUGACCAACCAAUCUGUUUGGAGCUUUACUGCUGUGGACUAUCUUACCAUUUAAUGUUUAUUAACAUAAACAUAUUCGGUUCUUACGUGCGUUUGUACGCAUUCUUCGCAUUUCGUCCUUUGAGGUAGUUUGGUGUCCGUGGCUUCGUCUCGUUCAACCCUGACAGUUUAAGGACAACGCUCGUGGACAACGACUGCGUAUGUUUACGUUACUUUCUAAACGUCAAGAAUUGACUACACAGACAGAAAUUCAUUCACAUGUUGGACAAUAUAAGGAGCUUGACAUAUGGUGUUGCUAACACUAACUACAGUCACCGGCUUUAAACCGUGCUGUUCUGCGCUGACGUCUUUUGGCAUGGAAAGUGAAAAACAUUCAAGGACCUGAAAUUUGUAUACAUUUUUUUCUUCUUCUUGUGGAAAACAACUAUUUAUCCUGCUUUUUCACAGUAAAGGAUGCGCUUGAGAUGAGUGCUUUUUCAGACCGGACUAUUGACAGACAGCGAACAUAGUAACAUGCUUCUGUCUUAAUGUUUCAUCCGUCAUAAUUUAAUGUUACUGAAAGACUUUAGCAUCGCGGCUGUAUUGAACUGUCGUCACAUUUUGUUGAGAAGAAGCCUAACAAGUUGCUGUAUAAAGAGAAAACAUUAAACAAGUGGGAUAUUUAACAAAAACACACGCCAAGAGCUCUGAUCGUCUGAUCGGUCACCGUACCAGCAAAAUUGUAUUAAAAGGACCGCGACUAAAACUUUGAGAAAUGCCGCAGGUGGAAAUGUUUUAUUUGGUGUUUGUCAGCCUGUGGAUGUCUGUGUUGGGCCUGGAUCCGGCGUCUAAGGUUGUAGCAGAUCGCUAUGCAGUCUACUGGAACCGAACAAAUCCAAGGUUCUACAGGGGAGACUACCACAUAGACGUUUGCAUUAAUGAUUAUUUGGACGUCUACUGUCCCCAUUACAUCGACACGGUCCCUGAAGAGAGGACAGAGCGAUAUGUUCUCUACAUGGUCAACUACGAUGGUUACAGCUCCUGUGACCACACGGCGAAAGGUUUCAAACGCUGGGAGUGCAAUCGACCUCAUGCGCCCAACGGGCCCCUAAAGUUCUCCGAGAAGUUUCAGCUCUUCACGCCUUUCUCACUUGGUUUUGAAUUUCGGCCGGGCAGAGAAUACUACUAUAUCUCGUCUACAGUCAGUGAAAACGGAAGACGGAGCUGCCUGAGGCUGAAAGUUUUCGUCAGACCUUCGAACAACUGCGAUAAAAGCCACACCGGAGUCGUCAAGAUCAACGACGGAGAUGUUAACUCUAUAGAAAAUAAUAAUGAUGGGACGAAUCAUGAAUCUGCCGAGCCAUCCCGAGGCGAUGUCAGCUCCGCCGGACGCGUGCAGACCGUGGGGCCCUUGCUGACUUCAGCGCUUGUUCUCCUGGUUUCCCUCUCAUCAUUAUAGCAUCUGUACAUGCAAGCGGCGCACAUAAAGCAUGACAUGGGACUCGCGAACGAGCACUUUUAACAUUUAACUUUUGAGAUUCUUUCUCGACUGCAAAGUAGUUCGGUACUACAAGGCUUCGAAAAUGUUUCUUAUCCCAUACAUGGAUGGUGGACAAUAAGCCCCAACCCACCAAAAAAACUGUUUAAUGAACCCACUAAAAUAUGGCACGCAGACAAAAACCGGUUUGCGUCCUCUAAACGCCCCGUACAGUAUGUAAGGUCGGAGAUGGCCUUGAUAUAAGGGGCUGUGAAAGAAA